AUGACAAGUAAUGAUAGUAAUAAUAGUGAAAUAUCCGAUAAUGUUAUUUAUUUCCCCGCAGAACAAGCAGCUGGAAUUACUGAAGAAUAUAAUCAUUCAGAUAAUUCUAACGAAUCGAAUACUGAUAUUUUGUUAAUGGAAAGUAAUUCAAUAUUGGGAUUUUUUCAAUUUCAUAGAACUGCACAGAAAGAAGAGUCUGCUGAUAAUGAAAGUAGUUCGAAUUCAUCUUUAAGAUUAAAUGCGGAAAAAUUAUUUUCCAAGCAUGCAUGUCAUCAACUUAUGUUGAGAGAAUUACUUCCAGGUCGAUUCUCGAAAGUUUCUUUUGGAAAGAAUUUUAAACCAAAUACAAAUGGAAAAGUUAUGAUUAAUUAUGGCGUAAGAGCUUAUUCUGGACAAUAUUCUCAAGAUGGAUCAUUCUUUUAUACCUGUUGCCAAGAUUUUCGUGUACACAUAUAUGACACUACAAAUCCCAAUGUGUUUAAAGAGACGAAAACAAUAACCGGAGACUAUGGAAGGUGGACGAUUACCGACGCCAAUCUUAGUUUAGAUAAUCAAUGGUUAGCCUAUACAAGUAUCACACCAAUUGUAUAUUUGGCAAAGACGGAUCCUAAUGACGAGUUUCAAAUACCUCUCGAUUUCUCUGGACAAUUACCACAAGAAUUCGGGGAAUUAAUAGGAGGUGCUAAUGAUGGUAGAAUUUAUGGUAGAAUCAUUUCUUUAUUAGCACGAACUGUUUUGCUUCAAUUAAAUGGACAUAAUAGCGUUGAUGUUAAUUCUGUAUGUUUUGCGGAUGAUUCAUCUCAUAUUCUAUUUAGUGGCAGUGAUGAUGCAUAUAUUAAAGUUUGGGAUCGUCGAUCCAUGAGAGAUGGUAAAGAAAGUGGUGUAUUGGUGGGACAUACUGAGGGAAUUACUUACGUAGCAACAAAAGGCGAUGGUAGAUAUUGCUUAUCCAAUAGUAAAGAUCAAACAAUGAAAUUGUGGGACAUUAGGAUGAUGAUCUCUGGAGAAAGAUUUGACAAGAUGCAAUUGGAAGAUUAUCGUAUACCGGAUUGGGAUUAUAGGUGGAAUCAUUAUCUUGGCGACCGAAAAUUCAAACAUCCACAAGAUGUGUCGGUUAUGACAUAUCGUGGACAUAGUGUAUUAAAAACAUUAAUAAGAUGUCACUUCUCUCCAUCAAAUACUACUGGUCAAAGAUUUCUCUAUACUGGUUCAGAGGACGGUCGUGUCAGAAUUUUUAGUAUCGAUGGCCGCUUAGUACAAUCAUUAAAUGUCGUAGAAGCAAUACAAGAUGAAUAUAGCUUACAAAGACGUAAUAGAUUUCAACAAGAAUCCGUAAUUAGAGAUGUUAGUUGGCAUCCUUAUUUGCCAAUUAUGACUUCAACUAGUUGGUCUGAUACCGCAUUCUCUGGCGUUAUUGUUCAACAUUCCUAUAAAGGACCAGAUAACUGA